AUGCAUUCGAUGUGCCGAACAGCUUGCCAGAAUCCUGUGCAACCGGCUGUGCGGCCAGGUUGCAUCAUCAACAACAACAACAAGAACAACAUAUUUGUGCCAGAGCUCAAGGCGCCGCUGCUGGCGGAUGCGGAGGCCCAACCGCAAUUAGACUCGACUGCGCAUGCGAGUGCGGCGCACAUACGCAAGAAGCGUCUCGUUUGGAUCACGGACGAUGGCCGCUUGGCGCUGCCGCCGGGCACCUCGCUGACAUUUACGCCAACAAUUGCGAUGCCUUUGGUGCGACAUCCGCCCGAGGGCUUCUUCUCCAAUCUGACCAUCAGUUUUCCCGUCACGAUUGACUUCGACAAGCUCGGCUUGACCGACAAUCAGAAUCCUUUGGGCGAUCUGCCCUUCUUCGCGCGCUCCUUUGGCCAUGGCGCGGGCCAAAUGGUCGGCGAGUACGUGUCCCGUUAUCUGCAUGUGCAGCGCCGCAAACGUGAUCUGAGCAGCACGCAGGAUGACAGCAAACCCUUUAGGGUGGAGGAUAUGCUGCAGUAUCCGGAGCUGCCCGCUGGCCUGAAGCACAUCUUCCAUGGCGGCGAACGUGUCCUGCUCUAUGGCGUCGUCGAGGACUUUCUGGCCACCUUUGGCAUGGAUGGGAAGGCGUGUCUGUUGCGCACCAUUUGCGAGAUGCACUCACGCAGCCUGGACAAGUUUGGCGUCUUCGGCGAGAUGACCAAGCUGUUUCUAACGGUAACUAAAUCGCCGUUUGCGGAGCUAAUACCCGAGUAUGUGCGCGCCCAGCGCGUGGGCGAGGGCAAACAGGCGCCGGGCGAAUGUUUUCCCUACUACAAGGCCUGCCCCAAGAGCAUAUUCAAGGCGCUGGCCAACAAAUACAGCGCACAGGCGGCAACGACAACGACGAGAGACAAAACAACGACGACAACGACAACGACCCGGCCUGUGGGGGAGUAUCAGGAGCAGCAGGCGGUGCUGCUGCCAAACAGCGCCGAG